GUAUUCUGAAUAAAUACACGAAUGGCAUGUAUAUUUUCCUUUGGGCCUAUAAAAGUCCUUUUCUUUCUUUUGGGCCUUUUGACUUCAAAUUAGGCCUCUAUUUUCUUUUAGUUCGGGCCUGUCUAUUUCUUUUUCUUUCCUGAUUUGAGCAGUGAGCAACACGAAAUAGCAUAAAGCCCAGAGUAGAAUGGGGUUUCUCCAGGAUUCAUCACCUCGAGCUUCUGCGGUACGAUAAUGGCUGAAAAAGAAUCUGAGUACGACGGUGCUUCGGACUCGAACCUAGUCUCCGAUCAGUCUUUAAAACUCCAAGAUCAGUCGACGCACCCUAGCACCAUCUCCAACGCCGCCGCUGGUGGUCUUGAAAUCACCUGCUUUAGUGAGCUCGUCGAUGACGCUACCUUCCACUUCCAAAUCAUUCGUUUCCCUAAACAGAUAUAUGCAUGGAUCGGUUGCAACUCUUCCAAAUUCGGUGACUUGUACGCAGCUGCAUCGACACGGCCUAGCAAUACGGUCGGUGUGACUUCUAUUCUGGGAGGUUCUUCAGAUAACACCGGGUCUGGAAUCGCUAGGCGAUUAGUGUUGAAAACUGGUCUUAACAUAAUUCUUGCUUGCAGUAUCCCAAAGAAUAGCCCCAUGCUUGAGGUUUGAUCUGUUCCUCUACCAUUCUUUCUCUGUCUCUUAUCAUAUGCCAUAAUAACGCAUUGAAGUUUCUUUUUGGUACAAUCUUGUCAUUUUGUUAUUUUUUUCUUGGCUAUGUUUUAACCUAGUGCUGGUAUUGGAGAGAUUGUUUGUUUGAGUAUUCGCACAUUCCCUUUACAUUUUAAAAUUUUCAUUUUGCAUUUGACGCAAGUUUUUAACUUUUGGCCUGAAGCCAUGUCCAGACUUGUAGGACAACUUGAUGGAUUUUAACCAUUGGUAGACCAAUAACUUUCCAAUGUGAAUGACAGUGGCAGGAAGACAAGCAUAUUGCUGGUUAAUUGCUCUAAUAGCCCAACUCCCUCUUUCCAAUUCAAGUAAAGAGAGGAGCAUUGUCUAAUAAUUUCACCUGCCAUGGCAUAUUCCUGCAUGCUUUGGAACAUGAUGCUGUUGAUUCCACGUUUACCCUUUUCUUUCUUGGGAUUUUAGGCAAAUGCUGAAAAGAAGCUGAUGGAGAAGUUAAUCAGUUUGGGAUACACGCAACCAAGAUAAUGAUUUUUGAGAAUUUUAACUCAUGGAGAAAGCUUGUAUCUUCAUCGCCUUGAACAUUACAGCGAGGUUUGUCUAUCUGCACCAACACCCGGUGGUUCUUUCUCCUCAACUCCAAUUUAUUGGUUUGGAAAGUAAACCCCCAAAUGACAAAGUAGUGAUUUGGGUUCUAUGAUCUAUAUCUGUUAUGAGCUUUGCUAGGGAAGAUUUGUUUUUGUAACUAGUCAGUACAAAUUUUCACCUGAAGUUUUAGUUGAUGGAUCAUUGUAUUCUUAUGUUGAGGAAUUAUUGGACAAU